AUGAAUAGAUCAUCUUCAUCUACCGGCAUUGCAUUUCCACUUCCAGGAUCUCCAGGGUCUUCAUGGGCCAUGUACCGUGCGAGAUUUAAGGCUAUUUUUCAUGGCGCAGAUACUUCGGUUUUGAUGGCGUUUUGGUUAUUUGGUCCAAGUAUUCCGAAAUCCGUCGUUCUUCUCGCAGAUGUUAUGCCUUCUUUCGUAACUAAACUCAUCGCUCCGUAUUUCAUCCAUAAAAUUCCCUACUGGAUUCGAAUCCUUAUAUUCUGCGGUUUAUCAUCCGGAGGUAUGCUCCUAAUAGCAUUAACACCCACCGACAAAUCCGUAUCAACAAAAUUAUUUGGUGUCAUACUUGCUAGCUUCAGUAGUGGUGGUGGAGAAUUAAGUUUCUUGGGUCUCACACAUUACUAUGGACAUUUCAGUCUUGCAGCAUGGGGAAGUGGAACAGGAGGGGCAGGUUUAGCGGGAGCCGGAUUAUACGUUCUUUUGACUACUAUCAUUGGAUUAUCAGUCAAGACAAGUCUUUUGGCUUCUGCAUUCUUGCCUUGCAUAAUGCUUCUCUCUUUCUUCGUUAUCUUACCUCGAGGACCAUUGAAAAGAGCAUCUAUUCGAAAAGAUUAUAAUUCCCUUCCUGGAGAAGAUUCGCUUAAUGGACCCCUCACAGCUUCUGAUAUUGAAGAUUUACCAGCUGAUUCCGCAGCAGUCUCUUUACUUGCUCCUGGUCCAGCUAUCGCAUCAGAAGCUUACUCUUCACACUCUCCGCGUCCCUCUUCCCCAUCACUCUCUCAAAAUUCAUCCAAAUCUACAUUUCUUUAUAACCUCCAUCGUGCUUCUUAUCUUUUCUUCCCCUAUAUGCUCCCUCUCCUUCUCGUUUACAUAGCCGAAUAUACCAUCAAUCAAGGUGUCUCUCCUACCCUCCUCUUCCUUACACCUUCCCCAGGAAACCCAUUUUCCACAUAUCGUUCUUUCUAUCCGACCUACGGCUUCAUUUAUCAACUUGGCGUUUUCAUAUCUCGCUCCUCUACCCCUUUUUAUCGAAUUCACAAUCUUUAUCUUCCCUCCUUUCUCCAAAUCGCAAAUUUAUUCCUCUUAAUCUCUCAAGCAUUAUGGUUUUGGAUACCUAGCGUGUAUAUUAUUUUCAUAGUUAUAUUUUGGGAGGGACUUUUAGGAGGAGCGGUUUAUGUAAAUACCUUUGCAGAAAUUAUGGAGAAAGUAGAUGAGGUGGAUAGGGAAUUUAGUUUGGGAGCUACGAGUGUCUCUGAUAGUGGAGGAAUUUGUGUAGCGGGAUUUUUGGGUAUGGUACUUGAGGUGGGAUUAUGUCAGUGGCAGGUUGAGAGGGGGAGGAGUUGGUGUAGAACGGGGUAG